ACUUGCUGUCGACUGCAGUCAAAACUGAAUGACCUUUGAUCACAUUAUUUCUGUAACGUUCAUGCAGUCGACAUGUAGGCGCAAGUCGGACAAUGUUAUCCCCAUAAUAUAACUCACUUUGAAAGGGGGUGACCAUCGGACUUGACAUAAGCUCGAACGCACCCACUCAGUCGGUCAAAACAGCUGACAGUAAGCGGUUCGAAAAUCGGAGGUGACGUAAUUCUGCGACGUACAUCAUCAAAUCGCGCGCCCAGAAGCACACAGCGCUCAAUGACUAUAUAUUUUACAUUAAAUUACGAAUAAUCAAAGGCCAGACGAUGACUGAGUUUAAGAGAGCCUUCUCACUGGUGUGGGAUCACUUCACUCUAGUGACACCCAAUAAGGUCCAGUGCGCCCUCUGUUCACAACGGCUUAGCUUCAACAAAAACACCUCCGCCAUGUUAAGGCACCUACGAUCAAGGCACCCAAGCGAGGCCUGGUACAGCAACUCAACAUCUGGAGCCCACUCAAGCACAAGCAACUCAACAUCUGGAGUCCACUCAACGUUCUCUAACUCAAUAAUUAGUAGUGCUGGAGUCCACUCAUCGUUCUCUGGUACUACAGGACUAAACUCAAUGUUUACAAACAAUGCUGCUGCUGGACACCACAUCCAAGUCAGGACCACCAGACAAGAAGACCUGGAUGAUGCCCUAGUCAACAUGUUGGUUAAAGACACCCAGCCAUUUUCAGUAGUCGAGGAAGAGGGAUUCGCUGCUUUCGUCCAAAAGCUAGACCCAAGCUACAAUCUUCCAAACAAGCAAGCUCUGAAGAAAAUGGUGGGGUCUCGGUGUGAAUUCAUCAAUGAUAAUGUUGUAUCUCAGAUGGUAAUUUCUGACUUUGUCAGCCUGACUUCGGACAUGUGGACUUCUAUCGAUAAGCACAGUUACAUUUCAGUGACGGGGCAUUUGGUAGCAGAAAAUGCCCAGUUAUCCACUUUCCUCCUUGGGAUUUCUAAGCUGCCUGAAAACCACAAAGUGAUCCACAUUGAGGAGGCCAAAAACCAACUGGUGGCGAGCUGGGGCCUCCACAGCAGGGUCGCUGCAUUUGUCACAGAGAACAGCGAAAAUAUGGUAGCCACUGUUCAGAAACUAGGAAUCCUCCAGUUGCCUUCUUUUGCACACGUCCUGAACCUUGUGAUUAAGAGGUCCAUGGAGGCUACUUUGGAGCUGCAGGACAUCCGCUCCCAAGCGCGGGCUAUCGUGUCUUUCUUCAAGUCGAAUCAGAACGCAGAGAUGAGGUUAGCCGAGGUGCAGGGGCAGCUAGGCAGGCCGGAGCAGAAGCUGAUCCAGGAAGUGGACUCGAGAUGGAACAGUAGCUUUUCUAUGCUGGAACGCGUCUUUGAUCAGAGGGAGUCUGUGGCUGCUGCUCUCAGCACCCUGGACACGGACAUCAUCCCUCUGGGAUCUGCUGACUACGAGGUCAUCCACCAGUGUCUCGGAGUGCUGGGUUCCUUCAACCAGGCCACAGCCGAGCUCGCCUCAGAGAAACGAGUCUCGGCCUCCAAGGUCAUUCCUCUUGUCCGGAUGCUGAAGAUAACCCUUGAGAAGAAGCACGGUGCCAUCAUACACCCUACGGCUACACAGCUGGCGUCUAACCUGCAGAGGGAGCUUCAGACGAGCUGCAGUAUGGUGGAGACCGAGCCAAUCCUGGCUCUCUCUGCUCUCCUAGACCCGCGCUUCAAAAUGUUGGCCUUCGGGAACCAAGGCUACGCUCAGGAGGCGGUGAAGCUCCUCACCUCCGAGUGCGCUUCGUUAAUCCGGAUAAAUCCGGACAAGGAUGACACUCUUCCGCCGUCCACCACCGGGUCAACGACGCCCUCCCCGACAUCACCCCACACCUCCUGGGCAAUGGAAACCGCUUCCAUCUCCAUGGCAACAUCUCCGUCUAAGUCCCACGAUGGGGGUCUGUGGGAGAUGUUUGACAGUAAAGUGGGUGAGACACAGAGCGUCCAGAGCAGCACGGCGGACGCAGCGGUGGAGGUACAACACUACCUCAGUGACCCGUACCUGAACCGAGUGGAGAACCCCAUGCACUACUGGGAGAAGCACUCCAAGGUGUACCCACACCUGUUCCAGCUGGCUCGGAAAUACCUCAGUGUUCCCGCCUCGUCUGUGCCAUGCGAGCGCAUAUUCACCAAAGCUGGAGAUGUGUUCAAUAAAAAGAGGAGUUGCCUCAGUAUGAAGGCUGUAGAGCAGAUAAUGCUGUUGAAUAAAGGUCUCGUAUAGCACAAGCAGCAUACUGUCCACAGUGCUUCUCAUGCUGUUUGGCCUGUAUGUAAUGGACUACUACAUUUACCAAAUGCAUUGUAAAUGUAUUCUUCCUGCUUUGUGUAUAAAGUAUGUUAAAAUGGCCUUUUUUUAAAGAGAAGUGGUCUUCUACAUUUUGAACAUUUGUCAGGAGGCCAUUUAACCACUAGAGGGCAGUGCUGCACUGGCUAACAACCAGCACACUUGGGUGUACAUUUCAAAUCAAAGUUUAUUUGUCAUGUGUGCCGAAUACAACAGGUGUAAGUAGACCUUACAGUGAAACGCUUACUUACAGGCUCUAACCAAUAGUGCAAAAAAGGUAUUAGGUGAACAAUAGGUAAGUAAAGAAAUAAAACAACAGUAUAAAGAAAGGUUAUAUACAGUAGCGAGGCUACAUACAGACACCGAUUAGUCAGGCUGCUUGAGGUAGUAUGUACAUGUAGAUAUGGUUGAAGUAUAUGAUGAACAGAGAGUAGCAGUCGCGUAAAAGAGGGGUUGGUGGGUGGCAGGACACAAUGCAGAUAUCCCGGUUAGCCAAUGUGUGGGAGCACUGGUUGGUUUAUGGCUCUCAAUGACAUUUUAUUUAUUACUGGGUGGACUGAAUUCAAUAUUGCCUAUACAUCACUAUAAGUGUUAAAAAUAUAUUUUAAAACAUUUAAAAAUCACUGAAUACUAUUUUGCAUUGUCAUGUAAUUGUGAUGGUUGUUGUGCAAAGUGAAAUUGAUGUUAUUUCACAUUCAUAUCACCACAUAUGGAGUUCUUUUGAGUGCUUUUUCAGGUCAAGAAAAUAUUAUAUAUAUCUUCUGAUGGUUUAUCCAAUGCAUAUUGAUGCAGAUGGGGAUGAUGCUGAAUGGCAUUUUCACUGGAGGUACCUUGGUGAUGUAUGCAAGUCAGACAAGGAAGUCUCUAGCUGGUAUACAACUUACAAUUGACACUUAUAAAGGGCAAUGUGCGUUUGAAAAGGUUCAUGUUUGAAAAUUAUGGGGGGGGAGAUUGCUCGGAGGCGUUCCACUGUUUUUUGUCUGUGUUUUUUUAACUAGGAAAGUCAGUUAAGAACAAAUUCUUAUUUACAAUGAUGGCCUACACCAGACAACACUGGGCCAAUUGUGCACUGCCCUAUGGGACUCCAUUCACAGCCAGAUGUGAUGCAGCCUGGAUUUCAACUAGGUAUUGCAGUGAUACCUCUUACACUGAGAUGGAGUGUCUUAGAUCACUGUGCCACUCAGAACCCAAGUUUGAAAUGACAACAGGUGAAUAAAUGAAGUGGUUGCCAAGGAGACCUCAAAUGGCUACCCAGACUAUUUGCCAAGGGAACUGUUGUUGAGCCAGUCAUUAAAAAGUAAAGAGCACACAUUAAUAAUGGAUUUUCAAUUUACUCUUAAAAUGAUACAUAUUUCACAGACAUUUACUGUAAUAUGGAUGCUCAAUGGGAAGGCCAUUGUAAAAAUGUGUACAAGAAUACUUCAUAUUUGUCAGUGACAAUAGCAUUUUGGUUGGGAUGAUACGUUUUUACUAUGUAAAAAUCCUGGAAGACUGUUGAGCUUCUGCCUUUCAGUCUUAUCAGAGAUACUUCUUGGCUUGUUGAGUUUUUGCCAAUGGUGUGCUUGAUACCGAUGCAGCAAAAGCUUGUUAUUCCGCCCAUUUUGUAGGUUAUCUACCUAACACACACGUUUCAGUGGAUUGAAAUAAGCUCUAUUUUGAGCUAAAUUCAUUAAAUGCUUUUUGUUUACUUGGACUGAGAAGAAGUACACAGUUUUCCAAUGAGGCAAGGCCAUUAAACAUCAACAUAUUGCUGCUUUGGAUCCACAAUGAGUUGCACAGUGGUGAUUUCAACUAAUGGAGCACGUCCUUGUGUUUUGUAUGUGAACAUAAAAACAAUGAAAUUGCCACAGA